AUGUUUAAAGCUAUAAAAGAUGCAAUGAAAGAUGCAAUAAAAGAUGCAAUUGAUAAUUUAUCUAUAUUUAUUAUAGAUCUAUGUUAUAUUAAUUAUUUAAUCGAUUUAGAUCAUGAAAUCAAUAAAUCGACAAAUGAAUUUGCAAGCAAUACAAAAAAUCAUGAUAGCAUAAUGAAAUUCAAAAAGGAGUCUGAAAUAAUAGACAUAAAAAAGAAAAUGAUAAAUGAUGUUAUUGAUGACAUUGUGGCUAAGAAGAAAAUGAGAAGAAAGCUAGUCGAUACUCUUAGUUCAAUUGAGAAAGAGACUAUCAAAGAAAAGGUUUUGCAGAUCAUAGAUAUAGAAUCAAAUGAUGUAGCCUUACAAGCUUUCUUACUAGUAUAUAGACUUUUUAAAUUUCAAAAUGAUUCUUUUAAACACUAA